CUCAAUCAAGGCAACGAAACAAGAAGAGAAAAAAACAGAGGAGUUAGAUAACUUUAGAAACAGAGGAGUUGAUCCAAUUAUGGGGAAGAAAGAAGAGACUGUGAAGCUUCUAGGGUUUUGGGGAAGCCCUUUCAGUCGUAGAGUCGAGAUGGCUCUCAAACUCAAAGGCGUACCAUACGAGUACUUGGAGGAAGACUUGCCAAACAAGACCCCUUUGCUUCUUGAGCUUAACCCGCUUCACAAGAAAGUUCCGGUUCUUGUCCAUAAUGAUAAAGUAUUACCCGAGUCACAUCUGAUCCUCGAAUACAUCGAUCAGACAUGGAAGAACAAUCCGAUUCUUCCUCAAGAUCCUUACGAGAAAGCCAUGGCUCGAUUCUGGGCCAAGUUCAUCGAUGAGCAGAUCCUUACACUAGGGUUCAGGUCCCUGGUGAAAGCAGAGAAGGGAAGAGAAGUUGCUAUUGAAGAGACUCAAGAAAUGCUUAUGUUUCUUGAGAAGGAAGUCACUGGGAAAGAUUUCUUCGGCGGCAAGAUGGUCGGAUUCUUGGACAUGGUCGCAGGAAGUAUGAUCCCAUUUUGUCUAGCUCGGCUUUGGGAAGGUUUGGGAAUCCAUAUGAUUCCAGACGAGACGUUUCCAGAGUUAAACAGAUGGAUCAAGAGUUUGAAGGACGUUGAGGCAGUGAGGGAAUGUAUUCCUCCAAGAGAUAAACAAAUUGAGCGAAUGACCAAAAUUGCUGAGAAGAUUAUUAUGUCUACCUAAACUAAAGACAACAUCAUAUGCUUGCAUUGUUUUUUUUUUAGUAGACAUUAUGUAUGAAAAUUGAUAUCUUAAAAGCUUAAUCAUAUAACAUGUUUCAUUUCAUGUAGUACUAUAAUAGAAUAAUUUACUCAAUAGGCAUAUUUAA